UUUUCUGGUGAAACAGCGACUAAAGUCGUUGAGUUGCUUUCUGACAAUUGUGCAUGCAAACAAGUAAAAGUUGAUGGUGAACCCCAAUCCUCAUGCACAGUAAAAAGACCAACUGACUGUGGUGAACUUGACAAAUCAACUUGUAAAAGUGGAAUUUACAAGAUCUUUCCUGAUAAAACGUCUGGUUUCAAAGUUUUCUGUGAAAUGAAGAAACAUGGUGGCGGCUGGACUGUAUUCCAACGUAGAAUGAACGGAAAGAUACAAUUCUACAGGGACUGGGACUCUUAUAGGCAAGGAUUUGGUAACCAGAAUGAAGAAUUUUGGUUGGGUAACGACCAUCUGCAUCAACUUACCUCUCAAGGAAAAUACAAAAUGAGGAUUGAUAUGGAAGACUUCGAAAACAACCGGAAGUACGCCCAAUAUGAGAAGUUCAGUGUUGGAAGCGAAACUUCGGGUUAUAUUUUAGAUGUUAGUGGUUAUUCUGGAGAUGCAGGAGAUGGCAUGGCAAUUCAGAAUGGGCAGAAAUUCUCAACAAAAGAUAAAGAUAACGAUAAAUGGGACAAGGCAUGUGCAGUGGAAUUCAAAGGUGGUUGGUGGUAUAAUAAAUGUCACUACAGCAACCCGAAUGGCCUAUACCUGAAGGGAAAACAUGAAUCAGGUGCUGAUGGGGUCAAUUGGAGACUAUGGAAGGGCUAUCACUACUCAUUAAAAGAAACAAUCAUGAUGAUCCGCAAAGCCUAG